AUGGCUCUUCAAGAUCUAUCUCCAGUGAAUCUUUCGACAGUGAACGAAGUCACCAAUGAAAAGUUCGAAGAAGUUGAUGCUGAGGGUGGAACACUGCUACUUGAUAAUGGACGGAUAUGUGAAUCAGCAAAAUAUCGUAUUCCUGGAUUUGCGCAGGGUAGUGUCUCAUAUUCAUCAGGUAUUCACCGUAUCCGAUUUAGAAUACUUCGUGGCGUUUUAUUUGUUGGUAUUCGUUCACGAAAGCUACCAGUUCAAGUGGAUUAUGAUGGUGGAAACACCCAGUAUCUUAACAGCAGUUGCUCAUGUGGUUGGUACAACACCGGUUUUAGUGUAGUUCAUGGUGAAACUAAAAAAACACAUCUGGUAGACUCACAUAGUGAUAAUAAUAUCUACGUCUUGACAUUGAACUGUGAUGAACGGCGAUUAAGUAUAACAUUACCAAAUGGCCCACAACACGAUGAAAUAGAAGUUGAUCUUCUUCGUACGCCUUUCCCCUGGCGUUUUUGUGUUAUGCUUACUCGUCUCGGCGGUUGCUUAUCAUUAGAAUAA